ACUCUAUUCAUUCUCGAUCCGUUUCUCAAUCAUCAUCAUUUCCCGUCCGUUCCACAGACCUCGACUGUCCUCCGUAAUCACGCAGUCAAUGCUACUCUUCCUGCGCUGACCACUUGCUACCCACUCCCCUCCCACCGUGCUCGUCCUCAUCGUCAAUCCCGUUCUGUCCGUCUUUGUUUGAGUAUACACACCUCUUUACAUCCCGUCUGUACAUCUGGCGGCCCUCCUGCGACCUGCUCCGGCGCCACGGAUUUGCGUUGCGGCAUUUGCUGCUGGACAGUCAUACAUCUAAUACUGAACCCGUUGGUUUUCUGGCCCUCUGCUUGCCUUUGGACUCGUACCCUGCCAUGUGCAAUUUGGCUACGGGAAUGCUGUGAGCUUCGCCGCAGUCUUCGGCGCUGAGAGAUCCGGCUUAUCUUGGCGACUCCUAGCUGAUCAUGGGGAACACUCAAUCCACCACGGAAGGUCCCAGGAGCGGCAGACUACAUGCCCCAACGAACUUGAGGGCAACAGCCUCAUCUGUUGAUCCAGCGUGCGCUGACAGCGCUAGUCCCAGCCCAUCGACCUGGAACGAGACUGCCAGAACAGAUUCUAGCCUCGUCGCAUCGGCUACGAACGAGUGGCGACCAGGAGAUGGUUUCCGACAGCUGGAUCACGCGCAAGGACCGCAAACUGACCAGCCAGACGGUCGUGGCUGGAGGAACAGUCAACUGGACACGCUUGCGGCCAGCGUUGCUCGCACACUGUCGAGAUCUGGCUCUCGGCGCAAGAACAUGCUCACGGCCAGAUCAUCCUCCUCUAGGCUUCAUGGCAGCUCACAGCUGUCCCCAGCCUCUGAAAAUACCGUCGAUUUGGAGUCUGCUCUUGCAAUCAUUCACGAGCUGCGCAAGACCGCCUCUCCAGAGGAUCUAGCCGCUCUGCACAAAGCGCUUCAACCUGUUCCCAGCAGAGACUCUCUGGCGCCUACUGCCCCCUCUGAGUCCCCGGGCGACAUCGAUCCUGCGACAGCUGCCCUUAUCCGAAGAAAAUCCUUUGCACAGCCGGGCGUGGCAACUCGACAUGCAAAGUCGGAUCGAAAUGUACUGCGAAAAUCAGUGCCUGCACCAACGUCUAAUCCAAGACCGUGGACGAAGGAUAUGAUGGGUGCAUCGCCUUUGGCAAGGCUUUCCAGCUUGGACGUCCCCAGCUUGGACGACCUCGAACCACCUCCGGAAGUCUUUGUCAGCCGCGCGCACACCCCCUCAGACCUGGACUACUCACAAUUGGGCAAUCUCAAACAUGGGUCACUCAUGGUUGUCAACGGACCGCCGUCGCCAAACCCUAGCGUUGCUACUCGAGGAUAUGCACGAAGGAUGGCUAGCGAUGAGCAUGAAGAGGCAUUCUUCACUGCUUCUGAGCGUGACGACAGUCGACCUAGCUCAAGGCGCAUUCCAAAUGCGCCUGCGGAAUCUUAUGCGCGGAAGGAUAUUCCUUUAGAAGAAGAGCUCAUGCAUGGCCGCGGUCAGAUGCUAGAUUACGCGCCGCCAAGACGAGACGGCAGUCCUUCAACGAAGGAACUGAGGCAGCCUAGUCCAGAAACGAACAGAGAUGCAGACCUAGAAAGCGUCUAUUCGCGCAACAUUCGCCCAGUCCGCAGUAUGGCCUCGUUGCAUUCCGACAGAACUGGCAGGUUUUCGUUCGAAGACUUGAGCGUGGACGAAGCUCAUCAAUCUAGCUCGACCCGUCUUGCCCAAAGUGCAGUAUCACUUGCCACCGAGUACAUGUCUGAGAUGCCUCCCAGUCCAUACAAAACGAGUGCAAUGGAAGAGAAUGGAGCAUCGGCUGCUCCAGCUUACGAAAGCGAUGGCGAAGUUCGCGCUCCCAGCAUCCGUGAACAAAUUGUGACGAUCCCUCCCAGUAUGCCGCAGAAUAUUCCACCAAUAUCACCACGCAAGCCGUUGCGCUCCAAUCCCACACUAGAAGAAGCCCCAACACAGACAAAGCGGCCCAACGAGUUGAAAACAGAUUCGGGCUAUUCCAGCGCCAGCACAAGCGUUGUUGAUUCCAUGUCGCCGAUCAAGAUGCAUCACUCCAACCUCUCGACUGUAGAAUCUCUGGCUGAACGCCCGCAACAGAGACGUUUUUAUUCAUCGAGGGGAACAGCUGAUCUUGCCACUCGUAUUGGACAGAUUGGCUCCCCGAAUGACUUGAGGGAUCCGGAUGCUGAGCCAGGUGUGGUAGAGAGCAUCGAAAAAGACGAGGCUCAUGUUGAAACUAUGAAACGUACCAAGUCGUGGAGAAAAUCCGUCAGGAGGAGUCUUCCGCGCCUAUUGUCUAGCGAAAGCACGAACACCACGGCCUCGAAGACGACGUCUGCGAGUACGGCAUCCAGCACUGAACGCAAGGCGAAGAAGUUGCAGAAGCCUCGACCACUCUCCCAGCCGCCCAUCACCGUCGGUGAUCGUCACAUUCUUAACAAGGACAUUCCAAGAAUCCCUUCUUCAGUCUUCUCGCGUUAUUCCUGUCGCUUGUCGGCAUCUCCUGGACUGCAGCAUCUUGAACAGACAUUUGACAAUGCGCCUGACUCCGACGACGGCUUGUUUGAGUCUACAACUUCAAAGACGAUCCUUCCUUCUUGUUUCUUCCCAGAUGCGGGCCUGGAGGAUGGAUCGGCUCAGUCGACACACCGCUUGAGCUUCAAGCGAGGGAGCUUUCGUCGAUCCCGAACGCAGACCGAGGAAUUGGAAAUUCCGCCCACUGGCAUUGCGGAUCUUGGUACUGUCUCACAGUCGCUCGGCACUUCACCUUACGAUGUAGCUUAUAUCGGGCCUGGACGUUCGAUAUCUCGUGGGGCGACACAACCUCAUCAUCUCAGUACAAAAACACCGCGCAGCGGGCCGCGCGAGGGGUGGGAUUUGGAGACAGCUUCUAAGAUCGCUCAGUUCCGGAGUCGUGAUCGCGUGGCUCAACAGCAUACCUUUGACCAGCAGUGGCAUUCUGGUAAGGACUCAAUGCCCUCACGACCAAAGUCGUACCACGAACACAUGCCCACGAUGUCAGCGCCACGCCCGCACAACACGCCGAUUAAGCGUCCAAAAUCGAUGCAUGCACAAGAGGCUUCUGACUCUCUAAGUUCUGUCAACAAUGUGAUGAAUGAAAGGACGGUCCCCAAUCUACCAGUCCUUCCGCCGCAUCAGCCUCGACCCCGAACAUCGCACAGUACUCGCGACAGUAGCCCAGUCAAGAAACUCGUCAACGUUUUUGAGCAGAGGGCAUCUGAGGCCCCGGCUCCGCCUCCCAUGCCGUCUUCGCAACCGGACUGGUCAGAUUCCUCGCGAAUUUGGAGACAGAGGAGACUUGAUGCGCAAGCAGGCACCGUCACUUACACCUCGUCGUCACCGUCGCAAGGUAAGACGGGUUCUUCGACGACCACGACAACCACAACGGUUUCGUCCUUUUCUUCAAGGGAUCCGCGCACGAUGACUACAACGACGACAACGACGACCGUCGGUGGAGCAAGACCGUCGAUGCAGAGUCGAAAGUCCAUGCCGCAAAUUCGACGUGGAACGUCGGAACCGCAAAACGAAGCGGAACGUUUUGACAGGUUCAGCGGCGGGCGUGCGCAACACUCGGAAAGCAACCAUUUUGCCCCUAUAGUAAAGAAGAGGAUCAUUACGCCAACGUCUGCUGCCAUGCGGCCGAUACACGGAAUCGAUUUUGGGAACGUAGCUACUCGUGUGCUUUGAAGGUGUCUUGAGAAGAGAAUAAAAAAAAAUUCAUCUCUUUAUUUGUCAACCUUGGCGCAUACGGCUAACAUACGUACCCAAAAUUGACCGGUUUUUGAAUUUAAGGGAAAGUUGAACAGGUUUAGGACGUCGAAAGUAGGGAAACUAAGCAAUGAUACCCGGGAAAACAGCAGCUAGAUUGACGAAAGGAUAACAAGGGCACAUAACAAGCCACUUCUAAUCUAAUUGAAAUUUAUGUGAGCAUGAUGACGAAG